AAGAGUAGUCCGGACAGAAUAAGGUGCAACACCGCCCGCUCUUCUAACGCAGACGAGAGUCGGACAUUUUGCGAGAGUACACCACGUUACUAUGGCAACGCCAAGACGCAUUGACAGACGGCUGCCGUGUGUGUUCAGUUUCAGCUGAUGUUCAACAUGGAUGAAGAAGCGUCCGGUGUAUCAGUGCAGAUAAUUGUGCUGCAAGGAGAAAAUCUGAGAGGUCAUAAAGGCCGGCCGUUUGUCAGCUUUGUGCGUGUUGAAUUUAACGGCGCACUGUUGGGAGACUCACAGAGGCUCCAUGGGUCUGCGGAGGAGACUCUGAACUACAACUUCACCUGUGGAUUUGAAUGCUCAGGAACGAGCCACACCAUGGAUGAUCUAGCACAUAAACCUGUCAUAUUAACACUGAUUGAGAUCCUCCCGAAAGAAGAUAAACAAAAAGAGGAGAAGACUUCUGUUUUAGGCCAGGCUGUUGUGGACCUGCUCCCUCUGUUGCAAGGGCAGUGUAGUUUCACCUCCACUGUGGUGCUUCACCCUACACAUGGAUCUCUGAAUGAGACUGUCUCACAGGACAGCGGAAUUAAGUCAACACUGGAAGUGACAGUCAGUGUACCAGAGCCGUUGCUCUCAGACACCAAGGUGGCUGAGACUAAUCUGCUCAGCGUCACAGUGGAGACGGCCUACUCUGUGCCUGAGGUUUGGAAUGCUUCUGCUGGGCCUCACCACAGUUAUGUAGCAGCACUGCAAGUCCCCCUAACAUCAAACAAGGAAGAGCAGAUGUUGUUAUUCUCAAAUGGCAUAUUAAAAAUGGGUGGUGAAAGAGAGCCAGUGCCUAGGAGAAAAAAAUGGCCCCUUUGUUCUUUCCUCGCCCCUGAUGCCCAGUUCAUCCCAGGUAUCUUCAUCAAUGACGAGGCUGUUAAUUCAGAGCAUAGUGACCUGAAUUCUUCUGAGGAUGAGGUAUUCCGAGCUGAAGCUGAGAGUAAAAGAAAAAGAGUGAGCUGGGAUACAACACGCCGCUGUUUAAUAGAUGCGGGUGGAGUUACAUGUCUGUCCCACAGGAUUGCUGAAUGCAGGCUAUGGCCAGUGGAAGUGAUUAGAUGUACACAGUUUGAAGCUUGCAAAGCAGGACGUGGAAAAGCAGGCAAAGAAAAACCUGUACGGAAUGAUCAACUGGAGGAUGAGAUUCAACUUUCUUUCCAUGGAGUGGCUUAUGUUGACUUUUCACCUUUGCUGUACCCUGGUGUCAGGCGUAUACGUGGAGCAUACAGAAUACACCCAUUUUCUGACUCUGACCUCCUCAUGAAGACUAAUAGGCAGGCGAGUGUGGUGAGCGAGAACAUGAAGACUCAGUUAGCAGAGGCUCUUCUUCGUCCAACUUCUUCUUUAUCCUCCGGGAAGGCAGCACCCAGCAAAGCGUCAGGAGGCAAAGAUAGCAAAGAUGAAAUGAAAAAGGGAAAACCAGCCCAGGCAGAGAGUGGGAUGGACUUUGAUGGACAGCAGGUGAAUGCAGAUUCUCAGAUGUAUGCAGAUUCAAGAUCAUACAUUAUUAUUGAAAUUGCUUUGGAAAAACCACUGGUUGCAAAACGGCAGCGAGAAGAGCUAGCAAAAAGAGUGAGGGAGAUGAUUUCUCCAAGGCCUUCACGACCCAGACAUUCAGCAGGAGCAGAGAGAGCAUUGCAGGAAUACCAGGCACAGAUAAUGAAUGUAACAGCGCAGGUGUUGCAGCAGUAUGAACAGAUGUUUGGAGAUGCAUUUGUUCCUGGGGCUAAACCUCUGGACCUUGCCACCCAAAAGCAGCGCAAAACUCAGUUGUUUGGAGAGCUGAACUGCUCUGGGAAAUACUUCGCCUUUAAGGAACAAAUUAAAUACUCAGUGGUGCGGAUUGUGCGUGAGAAGAUGCUGAGGACUGAAGCCUUCACCAACCCUGAACAGCUGCAGGCUUUCCUGAGCCAACUCUAUGUCUUCCUGGUGGAUGAGAUGCAUAUUGCACUUAAUAAGACCUUAUCAGCAGAAGAACGAGAAUUCCAGGCUCAGCCCCUGCUGGACUGCAGUCAGCUCAGGCACUUUGCCAAAGAAGCCCAGUUAAAUGAGGAUUAUCAACUAGCUGCCCGCUAUUACCAAGAGCAGCUAGCUCAAGAUCGCACCAAUCCGACCCACUGGUUUGAUUAUGGAGUGCUUUACAUGGUUACUGCCGAUUAUAUGAAGGCUGAGGAGUGUUUCCGUCUGGCAGUGUCUGUUGACCAAGAGCACAUAUCUAGCUUACUUAUGUGUGGGAUUCUGUCAGAAAUGAACAAUCGUUAUGAAGAAGCAGAGACCUUUUUUGAGAGGGCCACUUGUUUAAAAUCCAACUCCGUGGUCACCUGGACUUUAUUUGGCUUGUUUCACUUGUCCCAGGAGAACUUUUUCCAAGCAGAAAUGGCGUUCAUAGAAGCGACUAAGCAGCUGAGAGCAGCACUGGUCUGUAACAACCAGGAACAGAGGUCAGAGAGUGUGUGUGACACUGCAAACAAACCAGCCAUGGAAGAAACUGAGGAUGAGACAGAAGGACGGGAAAUUAGAGCGGAAGAAGGUGACGAAACAGGAGCUGAUCCUGUACAAAGCCUUCCACAAGACCAUCAGUCUCCUUCUAAAGUUGGCAACACUAUUUACAUGGAGACAGUGAAGUUUUUACUACAGUGUCAUGCAUUACAGAUGGCUCAGAGGGCUUUGGCUCAGGAGUUGUUGUGUCCAGAUGGAGGACCCAGUAGCUCAUAUCAUUUGGCUGUGGCUCAAGUCCAGCUGUUGAGAGGAGAGUACAGCAGUGCUGAGGCGAGUCUGCAGCAGGCCCUUCAUUAUAAUUUUCAGAACCCCGAUGUAUGGGCUCUUUUUGGUCACAUGUACUACAUGAUAAAGGAUUUCAAUCAAGCUCAAAAGUCUUAUGAGAGAACACUGGACUUUGUGACAGAGCCUUCAGACAUACAUCUUGUUUAUCUGCGUCUGGGCUUUAUCUACUUACAGAAAGGGCAGUAUGAUAAAGCAAAAUCUACAUACAUGCAUGCGUGCAAAACUUCUCCCUCCUAUCUCACCUGGCUUGGGCUGGGGAUUGCCUGCUACAGGUUGAGCGAGUUAACUGAGGCUGAGGAUGCUCUGACUGAAGCUAACGCCAUUAAUAACAGGAACCCUGAAGUCUGGGGUUACCUGUCACUGAUUUGUUUACAGACUGGAAGGAAACUUGAAGCAGAGCAGUCAUACAAGUACGCUGUGAAGUUCAAUGCAUCAGAGGCACUGCUGCAGGAGAUUACAGAUGCACAGACAAGUGUUGGAUUUGGAAAUCCAUGUUUUUGAUAGCACCUGUACAAUGUUCAACUCUAUAAACUUUUAAAACAGUUUAAAAAAGAACAUUAAAUUAAACAUCUUUAAAUAGUCAA